AAUGGGAGGUGUAGGAAAAUCAACACUUGCUCGAGCUGUUUAUAAUGGUUUAAUUGCUGAGAAUUUUGAUAGUUUGUGUUUUCUUGAAAACGUGAGAGAAAAAUCAAACAAACAUGGGUUAGAACACCUCCAAAGCAUCCUUAUAUCACAAGUAUUAGGACAGGAGGACAUUAACUUAACAAGUAAGCAACAAGGAAUUUCAAUGAUAAAGUGUAGGCUCAAGAGGAAAAAGAUUCUCCUGAUUCUAGAUGAUGUUGACAAUCUCGGACAGUUACGAGCACUUGCUGGAGGAUGUGACUGGUUUGGCCCCGGAAGCAGAAUCAUCAUUACAACUCGGGAUAAACAAUUGUUGGCAACUCAUCAAGUUACAAGAACAUAUGAGGUGAGGGAAUUGAAUGAGAACGAUGCUCUUCGGUUGCUUACAUUGAAAGCUUUCAAAAAGGAGAAAGCUGAUCUAGAUUAUGAGUUAAUCUUGAAUCGUGUGGUAACUUAUGCUUCUGGUCUUCCAUUGGCUUUAGAAGUAAUAGGUUCCAACCUUUUUGGAAAAAGUGUGAAAGAGUGGGAAUCUGCUACCAGACAGUAUAAGAGAAUUCCUAAGAAAGAAAUCCUAGAGAUACUUAAAGUAAGCUAUGAAGCUUUGGAGGAAGAAGAGAAGGUUGUUUUUCUUGACAUUGCUUGUUGCUUCAAAGGAUAUGCAUUGAGAGAGGUAGAAGAUAUUCUUGGAGCUCUCUAUGAUGAAUGCAUGAAACAUCAUAUUGGUGUGUUGGUUGAAAAAUCUCUCAUAAAGGUUAGUCUGCUUAGUACAGUCGAAAUGCACGACCUGAUUGAGAACAUGGGUAGAAAAAUUGACCAGAAAGAAUCAGCAAAAGAGCCAGGGAAUCGCAGAAGAUUAUGGUUGCCUAAAGAUAUAAUCCAAGUUUUAAAAUACAAAAUGGGAACAGGUAAAAUUGAAAUCAUAUGUCUGGAUUUCUCCAUUUCUGAGAAUGAAGAAACAAUAGAAUGUGAUGAAAACACCUUCAUGGAGAUGGAAAACCUUAAAAUACUUAUAAAUAGAAAUGUUAAAUUUUCCAAAGUUCCCAAUUAUUUUCCAGAAAGUUUGAAAGUACUGGAAUGGCAUCGAUAUCCUUCAAAUUGUUUACCAUCUAAUUUUCAUGCCAACAAACUUGUCAUAUGCAAAUUACCUGACAGUUGCUUUGCGUCUUUUGGGUUCCAUGCCUCAUCGAAGAAGUUCGAGAAUCUAACCAGCUUGAAUUUUGACGACUGCAAACUUUUAACACAGAUACCAGACGUUUCCGAUCUCCAAAAUUUGGAGAAACUUUCUUUUGAAUGGUGUGAGAGUUUAACUGUAGUUCACAACUCAGUAGGUUUUAUGACUAAACUUAAAAUAUUGAGUGCAGAAGGUUGCUCCAGCCUUACGAGUUUUCCACCUCUUCACUUGACCUCUCUUGAAAGACUGGAACUUUCAUAUUGUUCCAGUCUUGAGAAUUUUCCAGAAAUAUUAGGAAAUAUGGGAAACAUAAAGAGACUUGAACUGGUUAAACUUGCCAUAAAAGAGUUGCCAAUUUCAUUUCAAAAUCUCACGGGACUCAAAAAUUUACUAGUGAGAUGUGAUUUCGUUCGGUUAAGUAGCAUUUUCAUGACGCCUGAACUGUCUGAUUUUAAAGUUUAUAAUUGCAAGGGGUGGGAAUGGGCAAAAUCAGAAGAGGGUGAUGGACAAGUGGGCUCAAUCGUAUCUUCAAAACUAGAUGACUUUAUUGCUCUCUCUUGCAACCUUAAUGAUGAUUUUCUUUCAGCAGGUUUCUUGCAGUUGGCUCAAGUGAGUUAUUUAUGGCUACAGGAAAGUGAUAUCACAUUCCUUCCCGAAUGCAUCAAAGAAUUUCACAACCUGCAUGUUCUUGAUGUGAGUGAUUGCAGACUUCUUCGGGAAAUCAGAGGGAUUCCACUAAACUUAAAGCAUUUCAAGGCAAAAAACUGAAUAUCAUUGACUUCCUCGGGAUCAAGCGUGUUGUUAAACCAGAAACUUCACGAGGCUGGAGGGACAGUGUUUAUCUUUCCAGGGGGAAGUGUUCCAGAGUGGUUGGGAAAACAAAGCAAGGGACCUUCAAUGUCUUUCUGGUUUCGAAAUAAAUUCCCUGCCAAAGUUCUUUGUCUUCUUAUUGCACCUGUGUUGGGCCCUUUCGACUUGGCUAUACCCAUGGUGUACAUCGAUGGCAAAAUUAGAAAGUCUCUUUUUCAUAUGAAUAAAGAAGUGAAGAUUUUGGAAUUGGAUUAUAUGUUGGGAAUCCAAGUGUGAGUUUAAGUCCCACAUUGGAGAGAAAUGAGAAAGUAGAGUGGUUUAUAAGUGGGAAGACACAUUAACUCAUUGCCUUAAGGUUUUGGGUGAAGAGUGGUGUCAACUACUUAUAAGGUUGGACUCACGUACAUAACUUAGCAAAGUUAUGUAUGUGUUGACUAUUUUCCAAAAGUUUGACUUUUGAGAGAAGAUAGUGGAAAAUACAGGACAACAGCUAAUUACUGUUUCGCCCUUGAUUCUGUAUUCCUUUACAUUUCACUCUUCUAAUUUAAGUUUUAUACAAAGUUUGAUUCCCCUUACAGUCCCAACACGUUAACAAUUAUCACUCCAGACUUUGUUCCAAUGGCGACUCCAAGUUCCCGUAGAUUCACGUACAAUGUGUUCCUCAGCUUUAGAGGGGAAGACACUGGUUAUGGUUUCACUGGUUAUCUCUACAAAGCUCUCUGUGACAGGGGACUUCACACUUUCAUGGAUGAUGACAAACUUCAAAGAGGAGAGGAAAUCACACCAGCGCUUCUGAAAGCAAUUGAAGAGUCUAGGAUUGCCAUCGUUGUGCUCUCUCACAACUAUGCUUCUUCCUCCUUCUGUUUGGAUGAACUUGUAACCAUCCUUCACUGCAAGAGUAAAGGGUUGUUGGUUAUACCAGUGUUUUAUGAGGUGGAUCCUUCUUAUGUCAGACAUCAGAAAGGUAGCUAUGCAGAAGCAUUGGCUAAGCAUGAAAAGAGGUUCAAAGAGCAGAAGGAGAAGUUACAAAAAUGGAAGAUGGCUCUGCGUGAAGUUGCUGACUUGUCUGGCUAUCACUUGGGAGAUGGGGAUGAAUACCAGUACAAGUUUAUUGGGAGCAUUGUUGAACGGGUUUCCGGAGUGAUUAAACUUACUCCUUUACUUGUUCCGGAUUACUUAGUUGGCCUACCGUCACAGGUGCUGGAAGUCAAGAAACUUUUGGAUGUUGGAUCGGAAGAUGUUGUCCACAUGAUAGGGAUCCAUGGAAUGGGUGGGUUAGGGAAAACAACACUCUCUCUAGUAGUUUAUAAUUCGAUUGCUGCUUAUUUUGAUGAAUCAUGUUUUCUUCAAAAUGUAAGAAAAAAUUCAAACAAAAAUAGGUUACAUCUCCUCCAAAGCAUCUUUCUUUCAAAAAUGCUUAGUGAGAAGAAUAUCAUCUUAACAAGUUGGCAAGAAGGAGCAUCAAUGAUACAGCAGAGGCUGGGGCGAAAGAAGGUUCUCUUGAUUCUAGAUGAUGUUGACGACAGAGAGCAGUUACAAGCAUUUGCUGGAAGAGCUGAUUGGUUUGGUCCCGGCAGCAGGGUUAUCAUUACCACUCGGGACGAACAGCUGCUAAAAUCUCAUGGGAUUAAAAGAACUUAUGAGAUGGAGGCAUUGAAUUUUGAUGAUUCUCUUCAAUUGCUUAUAUGGAAUGCUUUCGAAAGGGAAAAAGUUGAUCCAAGUUACGAGGACGUGUUGAAACGUGUAGUAACUUAUGCUUCUGGUCUUCCAUUGGCUUUAAAAGUAAUAGGUUCCAACUUGUAUAGCAAAAGUGUAGAAGAAUGGGAGUCUGCGAUUGAACAUUACAAAAGAAUUCCAAACGGUGAAAUUCUAGAGAUACUUAAAGUAAGCUACGUUGCUUUGGGGGAAGAAGAAAAAAGCGUCUUUCUUGACAUCGCCUGUUUCUUUAAUGAAAGUAGUUUGGAAGAAGUUGAAAAUAUACUUGAUGUUCUUUAUGAUAACGACAUGAAACAUCAUAUUGGGGUGUUGGUGGAUAAAUCUCUCAUAGGUUUUUGGAGGGAUGGAGAAGAUUAUAUUGAUAUGCACGACUUGAUUGAGGACAUGGGUAGACAUAUUGAAUGGCAAAAGUCACCCGAAGAGCCAGGGAAGCGCAGGAGAUUAUGGUUAAAGAAAGAUAUCCUUCAUGUUUUAAAACACGACAAGGGUACUAGCAAAACUGAAAUCAUAAUCCUGGAUUUCGAUUGGUCUAUAUAUGAGCGAGAAAAAACGGUAGAAUGGAAUCCCAACGCCUUCAGAAGAAUGAAAAACCUUAAAAUACUUAUCAUUAGAGAUGGUAAAUUUUCCAAAGGUCCCAAUUAUUUUCCGGAAAGUUUGAGAGUACUGGAAUGGCAUGGAUACCCUUCAAAUUCUUUACCAUCAAAUUUUGAUCCGAGCAAUCUUGUGACAUGCAAGCUACCUCACAGUCAUUUUACGUCAUUUGAAUUCCUUGACUCAUCAAAGAAGUUCGAGAAUCUAUCUGUCUUGAAUUUUGACUGCUGCAAAUUUUUGACAAAGAUACCAGAUAUGUCUGAUUUCGUAAAUUUGGAGGAAGUUUCAUUUAACAGGUGUGAGAGUUUAGUUGCAGUUCACGACUCAAUUGGUUUAAUGAGUAAACUUAAAAUAUUGCAGGCGGAACAUUGCAUCAAGCUUACGAAUUUUCCACCUCUCAACUUGCCCACUCUUGAAAGCCUAAAACUUUCAUUUUGUUCCAGUCUUGAGAAAUUUCCAGAAAUACUAGAAAAGAUGGAAAACAUAAGGAAACUUGUAUUGGAGAAGCUUCCCAUUAAAGAAUUGCCACUGUCGUUUCAAAAUCUUAUUGGACUCGAAGAGUUAUUCUUGUCAUCAUGUAAAAUUGUUCACUUGCCUAACUUGUCUACUUUGAGUGUUACUGAAGAUAACGGAGGCUCAAUGGUUCCUUCAAAGUUAGAGUGUUUUUCAGCACAGUCUUGCAACCUGAAUGAUAACUUCUUUUCGGCAGGUUUCAUGCAGUUGGCACAAGUGCGUAUUUUAAGUCUACGGGACAAUAAUUUCAAACACCUUCCUGAAUGCAUCAAAGAAUUUCACAACCUCAACGAGCUUGAUGUGAGUUAUUGCAAACAUCUUGAGGAAAUAAGAGGGUUUCCACCAAAAUUAGAACAUUUCACUGCAACAAACUGUAUAUCUUUGACUUCCACCAGCUUAGACAUGUUGCUAAAUAAGGAACUAUACGAAUCUAGAAAAUCUUGGUUCUGGUUUCCAGGAGCAAGGUUUCCAGAGUGGUUUGAUCUCAAGAGCAGUGGACCUUCAUGUUCUUUCUGGUUUCGUAAUAAGUUUCCUGCCAGAGUUCUUUCUCUUCUUAUUAUACAUAUGAAUAAAAAUGAUAACUUAAGUAUCUUUUACCCUGCUGUGUACAUUAAUGGGAAAUCUCAAACAGACGCAAGCAUGUAUUUGAUGGAGCAGACGAAAUUUGAAUUCGAUCUAACAUACUUCUCUGAUCUAAAAAUGUAUGGUAAUUUGCAUGAACAACCUUCAGAAAAGGAAUGGAAUCACGUGAAGGUUAAAUAUAAUAUUUCUAUAGGUGCCUCUAUAGUUAAAGCAACAGGAAUCCAUGUAUUCGAGGAAAACAAGAAAGACAUUCGGUUUGAUGAUCCUUAUAUCAUGGAAGAUAUCAUGGAAGAAGAAGAAAAGAGGAAGAAAAGGAAGAAGGAGAAGAAGAAGAGGAAGAAAAAGAAGAAAAGGCAGAAGAAGAAGAAAAUAGCAUCAUGGAAGACACCAUGGAAGAAGAAGGAAGAAGAGGAAAAAGAAGAAAACUGCAUCAGGAAUCCAUGUAUUCAAAGAGGAAAACAGCAUCAUGGAAGCAAUUCGGUUUGAUGAUCCUUAUACCAACAACAAAUAAGACAAAGAUCUUUUUCUUUUUCUUUGUGCUUUUGUUUUUUACUUUAUUUACUAGCCUCAGCACCAACCCAACUUGAGUAUGAGUGGGAUAUUUCCAUUUUUAAUAUAUAUAUA